CCUGAGCCGGCGCUGGGCGGACCCAUGCGCAGACCACGCGGCGCCAGCGCCGCCCGCGCCUGGGAGCCAUGCCGCCGGGGGGCAAAGGCCGCGGCAAGGGGCGCGGCAAGCGCUCAGGCAAGGCCGGCCCGAGCGGCGGCGGUGGCCCGAUCGGCUCCGGCCCGGACGUCCCCGAGGCGGGCGGCGUCGAUCCCGCGAAGGCGAAGCAGCUGCUCUGGUCUUGGCUGCAGAAGUCGCAGAAGACCAAGCGGCCCGCGGACCUGGUGUCGCUGGAGCCAGCGAAAGCGCGCCGCGGGCACACCUGCACCGCCUGGGUCUGGAUCAAUGACGACUGGGCUGGGUACGAGGCGCCGGGGAGCUAUUCCAGCCGCCAGGAGGCAACCUUGGCUGCCUACGUUGCCGCGGUGGAGGGCUUGGAGGUGCCAGUCCCCAAGGAGCGUCGCCCCCCCAGACAUGCGCG